AUGACUGACUUUAAUUCUCACAACGACUCAUUAGAUAUGGAACAAAAGACGACGACCCUGGCUACAUCCAUGGACACGAGCGGAAUGGCAACAUCUGAUCGCCAUCGACGAAGGGCAACAACAGAAGUUGCUGUAAAUAGCCAACCUGGCAGAAACCAGGUGGCAAAGAGAGGAGGACUUAGAAGUGCUAAGUCCAGAAAUGCCGCAAGGGCGAAGAAGACCGAUGAAGGAAGGUCUAGAUCGCCAAUAGAUCCUGAUGAGUCGACGUCCGACGAAAGCUCAGGAGAUGAGUGGACGGGCGAUAACAAAAAACCUGUGGGAGGGAAGUGGGAUAUCCCUAAGAAAGAAAAUGGGGAGACAGACGAAGAAGAAUUCUUCAAAAAGGCCACAAGAGGAAGAGGGAGAACAGAAACAACGGGAGAAUACAGGAAGAAGAAAGAAUUUAUGGCAAGAAAUCAAGUCCUCCUGGAAAAAGCGAAGGAAGAGAAACUCUUGAAAGGCCUUGAGAACCCGGUCGAUGAAUUCCAAACAUGCUCAGCAAACAGGAAAUAUAAGGCUGAGGUGAAAAGGAUAAUGGAGGAAAUGGAGGAGACCUCUUUCAGGGAUAUCUCAGCCUCAGUUAUGGAGGCAUCAAUGAAGGUCUUGGGUUUCUCAGUGAAAUCCAAGAAUUUAAAAGGGACGUACGUCAAGGUCCUUCGAGACGCCGCGGCGGCCAUAACCGUGGACACCAACCUGAUGGCCAACUACAUGGCUAAGGACAAAAGCGGAGAGAACCUUGAUGUAAUAGAGGAACUCAAAACAGAGAAUCUCAACCUAAAGGCAUCAUUGAAUGAUAUGAAGAAGGAAUUGGAGGAAGUCAGGGAACUGUUGCGGAGUAUAAAGGAGGCGCCGUCGCAGUUGGCGGUGUCCUCCUCGCCUCCGAAACAGCAUGGAAACGCAGGAGGGAGUAUAAAGAGGGCACCACAGCUACUUGCGGGUGCCCCCUCGCCUCCCGCCUGCGUGGAAACACAGGAGGAAAGAAUGGAAUGGGCAAAAGGAAGAAUAAGCCCACCACUGGUGGAUAUGUCAGAGGAAGAGGAAGCACCUAUCGGAGUGAUAGAGAUCCAGAAAGAAUUGAUUCCGAAAGGGAAGAUACACCCCGUGGGGAAAGGACAAAAUGAUGUCAGGGUCGCAGGGAAACGAAAUGUUGGCCCCAAGAUAAGGGAGAACGUCCCAUUUAACAACAAAGUGAGGAUGGAAAGGACGGAGGAAAUUGGGAAAAAGGAAGAGGAAGGAUUGAAAGGAAAGAUCACCAAUAUGGUAUUGAAAGUUCUGAACGAAUGGACAGUACAAAGGACUGGUGAAAAGAAGAAGGAAGGGAAAAAGGAGAGACAAAGAGGAACUCCCAAUCAAGGGGCAGGAAGGAAUGGCAAUAAAGGAGAUAGCAACAAUACGGGAAGGGAAAGGGGAACCCCCGUAGCAUCUCAAAGAACGAAGAACCUGAUGCCGGAGAACAAAGUAGGAACAUCCACACCUGAGAACGAGGUUCCAUGGACCAAGGUACUGGGAAGAAAAGAAAAAAAGGAAGACAAAAAGGACCAAAAAAGGCAGGAGACGGAAAGGAUUGUAAAGGAAGGAAAUAAGGGAAUGAAGGAAAGGAAGCAAGCAAAGCGAAAAGUUCCUAACACUGCAGCUGCCACAAUAACAGCGGACAAGAGCCGAUACAAGGAACUGCUCGCUGAAGCUAAAAGUAAAAUCGACCUGACAAACAUCGGGAUCGAAAAAAUGAGGACCAGGAUUGGCGCGACUGGAGCGCUAGUCCUGGAGAUCCCAGGGGAAGAAAGAGGGAGGCAAGCUGACAUUCUGGCAGACAAAUAA